GAUCCGAUUGACUCACAACGUGGACAAAGAUAGGGGGUUCGCGAACGGCAAUGCCGGGAUGGUCAGAAAGGUGUUGCGCACCGACAAUCGAGGAUACUCCUAUGUCGGUGUCUCCAGGGCCAAGCGGCGCGCAGAUGUGUUCCUCAUGUGCCGCAUCAGGCGCUCGGAUUGGAGAGCCGGAAAGGGCGAGGGUUCAGACGAGCAGAACGAGGUUUCUGGUUUGAGCGAAAGCACUCACAGCAGUGAGCCCGAUGAGCUGGACGAAACCAGCAGCGACGAAGAGUCGCCGCAGCCCGACAGCACUUCAUCCAGCUUUAUGCCAACAACCUCCACAGGCAGCCAGACCAGCGGCGGCUUCCCUUCCUCCAGCUCCUGA